AAAAUCUGAAUUAAACAUUUUCAAAUUAACUAUAGAAAAAGCAAUAGCUUGAAAAUGCACUUAAAGUCGCUUUAUCAAUUAAUAGCAUUGCUAUUUAUAUGCAAAAUAAAAGGAAUCUAUAGCUAUGGAAAGAUCUAUACGACAAGCGAUAAUAAGCAGUAUUAUAUAGAUGCGGAGCAAGAGUACACUUGGUUUGAUGGUUUAAGCAGAUGUUUGAAAAUGAAUAUGAAUUUGGUGUCAAUUGAAACGGAACAGAAAUCAGAGAAAAUAAAUCAACUGGUUAUGGAGACCUUUGGUAGAAAUAUCAAAUUAUGGGUGGGUGGUGUUAUGACUCAUUACCAUGAUGGUCGUCAAUAUAUAUGGACUCAUACGGGUCAACCAUUUACAUAUAGUUUUUGGUCUGGGGCUAAUCCAGAUUUUGAAACUAAUUCCGAAUAUUGUGUACAAAUUGGUUGGGGCUAUAACAUGGAAUGGAAUGAUAAAUCUUGCGAUUCAAGAUUGGGUUACAUAUGUGAGCUGCCACAGCAAGAGAAUGCGGAAAGCAAGCCAUUAAUGAACAAACUAGGAGAAAUACAACAACUAAUAAAUGAGGAUGCGGAACGUAAGAAUAUUUGGCUUAAUGAAGCCGAAGAUCAACAAUAUAAAAUACAAUAUGAGCUGCAAAAUCUUAAGGUUCAGUUGCAGCAAUUAGAAAAGGAAAAUCUAGUAAAGAAAGAGGAACUUUUAGAGAAGAGUUUACAAACCGAAAUCAAACUUAAACAAAUUUUACAAAUGAAAUUAAAAAACCCACAAGAACAACAGGAAUUUUGGAGUGGUUUACAACAACUUAGAGAGAAAUAUUUAAAGAAACGGAUUAGAAGCUCACAACUAUUUUUUUAUUAAAUUCAACAAUUGAAAUCAAAGAAAAUUUGUAUUUUGAUCUAAAUAAAAUGAAUUUAACCCUUAAUAGAUCAAAAUAAAGUUUGUCAACAGAAAGCAAUGGGUA